AAGGCGCUGGGAUUGGUUUCAAAGAAAGGCGCCUCCGCUGGGGACGACGCGACGACGAGGGGCACGGGCCCGGGCCGAGCGAGAAGUACUGGCCUAUAAUAAUGUGCAUGGUCAAGUCCUAUAAUGGUCAAUGGAGGGCGGCAUACAAGACCACUUCUACCUACCUACACACACGUCCACCCGCUGAUUGCUGCAGCUUAAAGAUUUAGUCCGUUUGUGUAAAGUUUGUGGUUUAUGUGGGAAGUUUGCGUUGACAGAUAACUUACACUAGACAUGAGCAAGUCCCAAGCAAUGAGUCCAUCCGUGAUGGUUGGUUUCAUAGGUGGAGGUAACAUGGCGCAGUCAAUCAUCAAAGGACUUCUCAGAGAAGAUGUUUUGAAACCUGAACAGUUUUAUGUCAGUGCACCAAGUGACAGAAACCUCAACAAAAUUAAGGAAUUGGGAAUCAAAGUGACGAACAAUAAUCGGGAUGUUGCCACGAAAAGCAACGUUUUGUUCCUUGCUUGUAAACCAUACCAUAUGGUGGCAGUGAUGGAGGAAAUUAGGGAGAGCGUUGAAGAUGAGCAGCUGGUUGUUCCGAUAAGCGUUGGCACAAAGGUGGAGCUAUUUGAACAGGGGCUACCUUCGUGUCACAUUAUAAGAGUCAUGCCAAGCCUUCCCAAUGAAGUUGCAGCUGGUAUAGCCAUGCACACAAAGUCAAUCCGUGCCACCGCCAAGGACGUCGACAUCGUGGAGGCUCUCUUCAAACCUCUGGGUUGCUGUGAGCCGGUGCAGGAGAACCUACUAGAUGUAACAGCCCAGCUGGGAGGGGCUGCUUGUGCAUGGAAUUCUAUUAUCAUCGAGGCCCUUGCAGAUGGUGCAGUCAAGAUGGGAUUGCCCCGCGUUCUAGCCAACAAACUCGCUCCGUACUCACUAUUGGGCACAGCGAAACUGAUCAUCGAGACCGGAGUGCACCCGGCACAAAUCAAGGACAAUGUCACCUCACCAGGAGGAACGACAAUAUGCGGAGUACACGUCAUGGAGCAGAGGGGCGUAAGGGGCGCAAUGAUGGAUGCCAUGGAGGGCGCUGUUCUCAAAGCCAGAGAAAUCAGCAAGAACAAAUGAAACGUAGUGAAAUGGCUAACUUUUAAGAAUGAAAAUAUAAUUUUGAAUCAUAAAAUGAUUCUAUACCUGAGCUAUUUUUGAAACCAUUUUGUCCUGUCUGUGUAGAGCAUUAUUUUGUGCAUUCUAAACUUAAACAGGCCCAAAUUUCCCAAAUUCCUUUUAGGAAUUGUCUGUAUCGCACUUCAAGCGCUGUCAUUAACCAACCUCUAGGUAACGAACUUGCUUAGACAUUUCCGGUGGAUUUACCCAGUAUUUCCCCCCCCCCCCGCCCUAUAUGUAGAUUGCAUUACUCGUAAAUUUGCGUCACUAUUUGUAUGUACACACUCGUUAAAGGCACUGGAUACUUUGGGGCAUUACUCAAAAUAAUAGUUAGCAUAAAAACUUAAGUAAAAGAAGAAG